CCGAUUAAAUAGAUCCAAGUGUUUUGACUGAGGCACACGUGUUAAGGGGAAGUUACUCUAACGCGACAUUUUUCACCAACAUGGCGAUGUGUAACCUGGCUGGGAAGGUGGCCCUUAUUACAGGUGCCAGUUCUGGUAUUGGUGCAGCUACUGCUGCAUUAUUUUCCAAACUUGGGGCACAGCUUGCCAUUACUGGUAGAAAGGAAAAUAACUUACAAAAGACAGGAGACCAGUGCCAAAUACAUGGAGCAAAGCCAUUGUUGUUGACUGCUGACCUUAGUAAAGAAGACAACACAAAGAAGGUACUAGAUUCUACUAUUGCCCAUUUCAAGAAACUUGAUAUUCUGGUAAGUGUCUCAUUCUACAAACCAUUUUCCAUUUACCCAUUUGCUUCAUUAACUUACUUCAUUGAGGUGUCUAUAUAUCAUUUGACUAUGUUGGCUGUACCACAUCUGGUUGCUACCAAAGGAAAUAUUGUCAAUGUAUCGAGUGUUAAUGGACUAAGAUCUUUUCCAGGAGUUCUGUCAUAUAACAUGUCCAAGAGUGCCUUAGACCAGAUGACACAAUGUGCAGCUUUAGAAUUGGCACCGAAACAAGUCAGAGUUAACAGUGUCAAUCCUGGAGUAAUCAUUACGGAAUUACAGAAAAGAGGUGGAAUAAGUGAUGAAGCCUACGUCGCUUUUCUGGACAGAUGCAAACAGACACAUGCCCUUGGACGUCCUGGACAAGUUGACGAAGUUGCCGCUGCCAUUGCCUUCUUAGCUUCAGAUGCCAGUUCCUUCAUCACUGGUGCAUUGCUGCCAGUUGACGGGGGACGACAUGCCAUGUGUCCACGAUAACGCCAUACCUUUAAAAAUUGAGACCUGUUUAUACUGAAAUUUAUUUUAUGAAAUCGUCUAUUAACUAUACUUGUGAUAAAAGGUGUGAAGUAGCAGGAAGAGAUCCUAUACCCCUAUCCCACAUAAAAUCAAAAGUGAGUUUCUAUUCUUGGUUGAAACUGUUUUAUUUGUUUGUUUUUUUUCACUUCUCGUGCUGUUGGAUAAUGAAACAAUAAGCAUUCAACAAGACCAUUUUGUGAACCUCUUAGAGGAAAAAAAAAUAAUUAAAAUGAUACCUGGUUAAAAGAAGUAACUAGAAAUUGGUUGUCUGUACAUUCAGAAACUAGUAAACUUGUUUGAUGCCCAACCAAUAUUCCAGUCUCAAAGACAUUCAGAAAGUGACUCGCACUGAAGAGUGUUAAAAUAAAAUGGUGAUAGUUCCAAACUUUGAAAUGCUUAGUUCAAUCCCUGCCAUAUUUGGCUGGUGUUUGUCUGUCUUUCCUUUGUAGUUGAUAAAAUAUGUACCAGCAAUAUACUGAGGUCAAUUCAAACAGUUAUGUGUGGCUGUGUAUGCAUACCACUUGGAGAGCUGAAUACUUUUUGCACAGUAAAAUUUAAUUCAGGUAUUGAAACAUUUGAUCUUUUAUUUUUUAAACCUGCCAUAUCCGACCAAAAUAUUCUACCUACUCUAUCCUCAAACCAGCCAGAUCUCACACCUACCCUAUGAUGUCAAUCUGAAAAUAAACAACCACUGUAUCAAAAUCUCACAAGUAUGAGUUGAUGCAUAAUUAAUACAAAACAAUUGAAUAAGUAUUAUAUGUAACAGAAUAAUUUUGUCAGUUGGUCCUCAGAAACAUGAACUCCGAUAACAAACUGAAAUUGGAUUACAAACUUAAUUUCCCAGGAAGUUGACUCUCUUUGAUAGACAUUCCUCAAAUAUCUGAAAUAAUAAAAAAAAAAAAUAUUUUUGAA